GCUGCAACCUUGAACUCUCAAGAAAAGCAGAAGGCAAAAUUAUUAUUUUUCGUUAUCCGUCGCAAUAUCGGUGACACCAAAGUUUACGCGCCUCAAAUCUAAGUAUAAAAAAGUAUGUCGUUGGCAUUUGUUCCCCAGCAUCAAAGGGCAGGAAAGCCAACCCCGAAUCCUGCAACAAUUCAGAAGAUGCUAGAUGAAAACAACCAGUUAAUCCAAGCCAUAAUUGACUACCAGAAUAAAGGGAAGGCAGCAGAAUGUGUGCAGUACCAACAAAUGCUCCACAGAAACCUGGUCUACCUUGCCACAAUAGCAGACUCCAACCAAAAUGUCCAGGCUCUUUUACCAGCUCCAGGCCAGGCCAACAAUCCACAGAUGAGAAUGCCAGGCAAUCAGAUGCAGCAAGGCAUGAUGGACAGUUCUGUGCAAAGGGGCCAGAUGCCAAUGGGAAAUCAGAUGAGACCAAACCAACCAAUGGUAGGGCAGCCAGGAUUUAAUCGCCCUAUGGGAGGUCAACCGAAUAUCAUGCCACAAGGUAACGGAGGAGGCAAAAUUCAGCCUGUGCAAUCAAAGGCAAAGAAUUUUACCACAUCUCCAGGUAUGAUGGCAGGUGGUCAGAUGCCACAACAAGGGGGGAUGCAGGGCGGUUCUUACGGUAACAUGGGCCCACAGCAGCAGCCGCAACCACAACCGCAAGGGGGUUACCAGCAACAGCCUGUGAUGUCACAGCAGCAACGUAUGAUGUCACAACAGAUGGGACAGCAGUCUAUGAUGUCACAAGGUGGAAAUCCCAUGAUGAUGUCACAGAGCAGCCAAAAUAACCAGAUGAUGAGUCAGAGAGGAGCAAUGCCCCCACCAAGUGGUCCGUAUAACCAAGGUCAAAAUUUCGGACAGCAGCAAUCUCAGCAAGGAUUUCAGCAGCAGCCCCAGCAACAGUUUGGUAAUCAACAAUUCAACCAGCAGCAACAACAGCAAGGUUUUCCACAACAACAGCAACACCAGGGGAACUUUUCACAGCAGAACAUGCCACAGAAUCAAUUUGGAGGCUACCAACAACAGCAGCAGCAACAGCAACCACAACAACAGCAGAGGGGGUUUGGUAUGGGAUUUCGACAGCAAGGACCAAUGGGGAACCCUCAGAUGGGCAGCCCCCAGAUGCAAAUGGGUCAAGGUCAAAUGGGUGGAAGUCAAAUGAACCAAGGCCAAAUGGGAGGUCAGAUGAGUUCAAUGUCCCAAGGUCAGAUGGGAGGUCAGAUCUCACAGAUGGGAGGGGGCCAGAUGAGUCAGUCUCAGAUGGGAGGAUCCAUGGGAGGACAGAUGGGAAACCAGGUCCCACAAGGUCAGAUGGGAGGUCAGAUGUCACAACAGGGCCCUAUGGGUCCACCUUCCUCUCAGGGGCAAAUGACAAACCCCAUGAUGAGUGGACAGAUGCAAGGCCAGAUGGGCAGUGGUAUUGGAGGACAGAUGGGUCAAAUGCCACAAGGUCAAAUGCCCACUAGCAUGGGUCAAGGUCAAAUGGGAGGGAAUAUGGGUCAAGGUCAGAUGGGAGGAAACAUGGGUCAAGGACAGAUGGGAGGGAACAUGGGACAAGGUCAAAUGGGAGGUAACCAGAUGCAAGGGAGUCAGCCAGGUAAUUUUGGUUUCAACCAAGGCCAAUUUUAGUUAUGAACUUUGACCCUCAGCUUUGAGUUCCUGCUGUUCCAGUACAAUUUAAAUGAAAGAUUUCCUAUGCUUUUUGACAUAUGGAGUUAAUUCCUUGAUGAUCCUUGCUGUUGGUACUUAAAAAUGGGGAAAUCUGUUAAAUUCAACAAAUGGGCGGAACAUUGACAAUAAUUCUGUUUUUGUGAAAAAGUGUGCUGCUUGAGUGCAAU